CUCAACAACCAACAGCAUGUGUGGCUACUACGGAAACUACUAUGGCGGCCUGGGCUGUGGAAGCUACGGCUAUGGAGGUCUGGGCUGUGGCUAUGGCUCCUGCUAUGGGUCUGGCUUCCGCAGGCUGGGCUGUGGCUACGGCUGUGGCUAUGGCUAUGGUGCCCGCUCUCUCUGUGGAAGUGGCUACGGCUAUGGUGCCCGCUCUCUCUGUGGAAGUGGCUACGGCUAUGGCGCCCGCUCUCUCUGCGGAAGUGGCUACGGCUAUGGCGCCCGCUCUCUCUGUGGAAGUGGCUACGGCUAUGGCGCCCGCUCUCUCUGUGGAAGUGGCUACGGCUAUGGCGCCCGCUCUCUCUGCGGCUCUGGCUACGGAUGCGGCUCUGGCUAUGGCUCUGGCUUUGGCUACUACUAUUGAGGACACCACGGAAGACUCUCAUCCUCUACACCUGGACAUCAGGAUUCACCAAUUCUGAAUGAACCCCAUACAUUCUUCAUCCUGCUAAAGCCUUGCCUUCUGGUGCCCUCUGCAUCUGAUACGCCAACCCUUCCCUUUCUGAAUUUAAUGUCUAAAGAGUGGAAGAAUGUGAAAUUCAUUUGAGAACUCUAGUCAUGAUCUCUCAUUAGAAUGAUGCCAUCACAGAAACUCUCUUUUGACCUUCAUGCAGAAGGCUUUUCUCUAUUUUCCUAAUAAACCUGUUCAAUAUGGAAUCAUAAA